GACAACUGCAGCUGUCCAGUCUGUCCCAAAAUCUGCAAGUCACCUCAAGGACUCCUGUGUCACCUGCGAACUGCAAGGUCCUGCUCGUGGUAUAGACUGGGGAAGAACCCGGAGCCACGAUGCGACAUCCCAGACGUAGUUGAGGACUCCAGAGAAGAUGAGGAUGCCUCCGGAGACAUGGAUGUCGACGUGGAGGACUUCCGCGAUAUCUUGGAGAGUGGAGACUUGUUCCGAUUUACACUCCCGUCAGCCCUACGAAUACCAGCACUAGACGAUGACGAGGAUACGAGAGUUGAGGAAGAGGACGAGCUGGCCGGAAGGGUGAUACGUAUGGACCCAACAAUCGUGGAGACGUGGAAGUCAUAUUUCGGGGUGGACGGAGAGGAGGAGGACAACCAGAUGGAUGUGGACGAGGAAAACGGUCAACCAAUGGUGGAUCCCGGCGGUAAAUGGAAGCCUUUCGCAUCCGAACUCGAUUGGCAGGUGGCGAUGUGGGUUAUUAGGGAGGAUGUUGGGCAGAAAUCACUCAAUAGAUUCCUCUGCAUACCGGGCGUGGUUGAGAGGCUUGGUCUUACGUUUAAGGAUGCCAGAGAGCUCCUAAUCAAGGUGGACGGAAUCCCUGAUCGGGCCCCGUGGAAGACAGCAUCUUUGUGCUUUCCCGACCGGCCUGAUGACAAGCAUCUGGUACGCUAUCGUGAUGUUAUAGAAGCAAUCAAAGCACUGCUCGGAAACCCUUCGUACGCGCAUCACAUCGUGUACCGGCCUAAGAGAGUCUUCGCGGAUGCAUCCAAGACGAAGCGAAUAUUUACCGAGAUGUGGACAGGGCUGUGG